CAUCCAUAAGGAAGGCCUGUGCCUCAGCAGUGGGGACAUUAAUAGGGUGGUGAUGAUUAUAGAUUAAAUCAAUAUACUUUAGACAGACCUGAAAGAAUUAAAAAAACAAGGUUUUGCAUGUGAUGUUAUAAUCCCGAAUUAAAGUGUAAACAUUGUCUUAGAGAGUGGUGAUACAUCAGUGAUAUAUAGGUUUGAAAACACAAAGUGGAAGUGAACUUAGAUCGUAAAACCUAAUCUAAAAAGUUGUGAAAAAGUGAACUCUAUGCAUCUGUGAUUAUUCAUUGGAGACAUGGUGUUACCAGCAGGAAGAACCAUGGAUCGAGGAGGUUAUGCAGCAGAAGGGGCCGGUGGUGCCUCAUAAUAUUAAACUACAACAACCACACAGCGCAAGCUCGCAGCAGCUCCGUAGCAGGGCUUUUUCAGCUAAUUUCUUCAAGGCCACAUUCAGCUCGCGGAGCAAGGCGGUACCAUCCGCCAGUUCUACGUACGAAGUCGUUGAAACCACCAAAAUAGGCAGCGCGGAGACUAAACCUAUAACUAGAAACAGGCCUAGGACAGUCACUCAAACGGACCCCACGGCAAGGAUCAAGCUAAAACGAACAGACCCCAACAAACCGUUACCAAAACGACCUGAUAAAAUACUGUUAAACCCAAGAAAACCAGAGAGGAAAGCAUUACCAACUACUCCUGCUGAACCAAAAACUCCUACAACACCUAAAGAUACCAAAAAUGACCUGAAGAGUCCAAAGGUGGUAUUGCAAAUUGUGAAAAAGUCACACGCACCGCCCACGCCGGACAAGGCUAGUAUUUUGCCGCCAUCUUUGAAACCAAAAGUCGUUGAAGAAAAAUUCAAAUUGACAAAAAUCAUAAACAACAAUGAUGUUUGGACAAACGCUAAUGAAACUAAGCAUGUGGAGAAGAAAGCAUCGAUUUUAUCAGUGAGAGGGCCGAGUAGUCAGGGGAAACAGGAAGGCACAUUAAAGGGUGCUCCCUCAGUCUCCAGCCUCGAUUCGAAACACCAUAAAGUUGCACCGGCGAGAGAUAAGUCGCUUAAGAUAUUCGGAUCUAAAGAGAAAUUGCACAAAGCCCAUAAGAAGAAAGACCUGGGUAAUAAUAAUGCGGUGUUGGAAGAUCCGGAGUUAAGGGAAGGCUUGGAGUAUGAGGAUGGACAGAGGGAUUAUGGCAGCGCCGACGAGCUCUCGGUAGGUGAGAGGGGCUCCCAGGAGUGUAUCAGUUUGCCAGUCAUCCUUAAUGCUGAACACAUGCCCGAAUUCCAGGAGGUGGAGCUCAGGCCUCGGGUACCAUCGGAGGCGUCAUUGUCAUCGGGGGUUCGGGAGAUUGAAACGCUGAGGAGAGAGCUUGAAGCCAGCACAAUGGAGAGGGCACAGCUGCAAUCCCGGGUUGAUGAGCUGCUGGAGCGAGCUGCAGAAGCUGACAGGCUGCAGGCUGAGCUGGAACGAAUCAAGACAUUGGAGGCAGAGCGGGUGGCUGCGCUGGAACGUUUGGCGGACGAGAACGGCGCGUUGCGCGCGCGGCUUCGAGGCGUCGCGCACUCGCCGCUCUCCGACAGCGAGAAGCGGCAGCUGCUGCUCGCGCCCGCGCCGCGCCGCAUGCACUCCUCCGCGCCCGCCUCCAUCGCGCUCGCGCACAACGGCGAGGGUGAGAGCUGUGAAGCCGGUACCCCGGAAUGGGACAAGCACUCGUCGUCGCUGAGCGAGGUGUCGGUGGCGUGCCUGCAGGACCGCAUCCUGCAGAUGGAGGAGCACCAUUACAGCACGAGCGAAGAACUGCAAGCCACACUGGCAGAGCUGGCAGAAUUACAAUCGCAAUUGGCAGACGCUCACGCUGACAUGGAGCGCCUCACUGAUGAGAAGCAGGUGCUCCUAGAGUCAUUGUGCCGACAGACUGAGAAGUUGGAAGACAGUCGGACCAAGGUGGAUACGUUACAAGAGCUACUACUCCGAGAGGGCGUUGAACCCGAAACCUUGGUGUCGGGGGACAUAGACCAGCAACUCCUCGCAGUACUCAAGCUGUCACAAGAGGAAAGGCGCCAUUUACUGACGAAGUUAGAGCAACUGGAGGCAGAGCUGAACGAAACCAAGACAACGCUAGACGAAAAAACCAAAGAAAACGAGUCGCUGACUGAGAGGAUCAGAUCCCUAGAGAGUAGCGUGGAAAGGCUGGAGACAGAGAGAUCGCAGCUACAACAAGAAGCAGAGAACGCAAGAGAAGUGUCUUCAGCGAGGCAGCAUCAACUCACUACACUCUCCGGACUGCUCGACGCUGCUAAGGCAAAGUUGGAAGAGCGUCAGGGCGUAGCUGAGGGCGCGGCCGAGGCAGAGGCGGCGGCCGCGUUGGCCCGGCGCGAGGCCGACGCCGCCUCGGCGCGAGCGCUCGCCCUCGCCGACCGCCUCGCGCACGCGCAGCGGCAACUCGACCGCGCGCACUCCGACGCGCGCAAGCUGCACGACGACGCGCUGGUGUCUCGCAACAACGCUAAAUCGACCAUAUCCGAGCUAGAAUUUCAACUAGAGCAACUUCGGCAGGAGAAAUCUGCGUUGCAGGGCGAGAUCAAAACUCUACAAGACAACGUUUCCGAGAUGCAGAUACAGGUACAAGUGACAUCAGACGAGAAAUUAACACUGAUGACGCGCGCGGGUGAAGCUUUAGCGCGUGCAGCCGACGCCGAGAGACAGUUGCAAGAUGCGCGUACGAGGAACGCGCAAUUAACACGCGACAGGGAAAGAGAUGAAGCGGAAUGGAAGCAGUUCCAAAGCGAUCUUCUGAUGACGGUCCGCGUCGCCAACGAUUUCAAGACGGAGGCGCAACGAGAACUGGAACGACUCGUUUCUGAGAACAAGAUCGCGAGGGACCGCAUCAGGCUGCUAGAAGACCAAAUCCAUUCAAUGAAAGGUCUUAACAAGUCUCAAUCUGUGGAUAGCGUAACCAACUUUUCUGAUGACGACAAAAGGCUAUCGAAGGAAUCUCUCCAGUCUGACUCUCAGAGCGACAGUUCAUCGAUUGACAUUUUUAAAAACAUUAGAACAAGGUACAUGUCUCGAGUUCACAGCGUGUCUGAAUCUCCUAGAAAAGAUACGAGUAUUAUUGACCAAGCAUUUUACAGACUCAGCUUACCGGAAAUAAAAAGCGAUCUAAACGAUAUCCUGCCGCAACCUUUCAAGUUGGAAAUCGACAAUGUAACGACAGACGAAACGAACGACGACGAUACCCACAAAAGUAUAUCGCCUGACAAUACAGAAGAACUAAACGGUAAAAUAUUGGCCGAAGCUGUUCUACCUCCUUUUGAAGCCAAAGGUAUAAAGAGGCAAGAGGCUCUCGACUUUAUUAAAGAUAAAGUUGUUAGGCAAGAUGCCUUAGAAGAAAUGGAUCAUUCUUCAUUAGAAGAACAAGAAAAUUGUCAAUCAGAUCUGAAUAGUAACAGUAAUAAUUUUACACCAGAAUCCGUACAACCAGUAAAUCCGUCCAGUGAUAUAAUUGAAAUAAAAGAUAAAAAUAUUUCUAAUUUAUUGCAUGGCAAACCUAAAUCAUUUAGCAUGGAAAACUUAAAUACAAAUAGUGAGUAUCGGGAUGCUUUGCAGGAGGCUACUAGUAUAGAAUUUUUGGGGCCUAAUAGUAAUUAUAGUGAUUUUUCUUCAAACAUCGAAAACGUUUCAAAUAGCAUUCCAAAACAGAGUAAAAUAUCAACUUUCAAAAAUGUACCAUUAACAAAUGCAGAAAAAAGUUCAAAAUGUUUUUCUGUAAAUGAUUUGAUACCUAAUACCAAACCUAUACCAGUUGUGAAGGCUGAGUCUAUUUUACCAUAUCCUUAUCCAAAUGAUAAAAAUCCUUCUUUUGAAAUAGACUCAACUAAAGCUGAUAAAACGAAUGCCAUUCCAGUAAUACCACUAGAAUCAAACAUUGAACAUGACAUUAAAAAGGUAAAUGAAGAGUUGACGUCAAGUUUCAAAGCAGCUAUAGAGAGGAUAUCUGCAAGCAGUAACCAUAAAUUACCUCUCUCUAAUUCUAUGGAUGAAAUAAAUAAAGUGACUGAAAAUGAUAAUGUUAAUAAAAUAGAAGAAAAAAAUGUUCCAUAUCCACAGCUCUCUUCAAUUAAAAUAGGUACAGAAGACAAGGAAACACCAAUGAAAGAAAGAACCGAUGAUAGUAGUGUUAUAACAAAGGUUGAUUCUGAUCUGGAACCUGCAACUAGAGUUGAUAAUCCGGUACAAGAUAAACCAAAAAUAAAAGCGGUAAUUCCAAAAAUAGAAAUAAGCGAAAAUUUUGUUUCUGAUAGUGCAGGGCACUCAGAAAAUAUCAGCAAUACCGAACUCUUGAACAGUUCAAGCCAAAAAGAGAAAGACCCUGAAAUUAUUGAUGAGGAUGUGAGUUAUCAUUUAAAAAUAAAUUCUAUGGAUGAAAUUCCUUCUCCAGCUGUAUCUCAAGUAGUAGCAUUACCACUUAAUGUAUCAAAUCACGGCAAUAGCAGAUUAAAAACUCGGUUAAAAACUUUCGUAACACCAAUCAAUAUAGUUAAUGGAGCAAUUGAUCGCACCUCGCCUAUAAUAAUUAGUCCAGUUUUAAUUCAACCUAUUUUUUUCAAACCACAACAACAACAACCAGCAUUUGAAAUAAAAGAAGUAAAAGAAGCUAAAAAAAGUACAGUUUAUUAUGAUGACAUGGACAAAGUCGUAGUCGAAGAUAAAAAAUUACAAUCUGCUAAGUCGCCAAACCAACUAGGUUUACACAAAGUAGAUGAAGAUAGAACUGGAACAUUUGAAAAGAGAGGUAUAUAUCAGAAAAAUACUAGAUCAAAACAACUACCAUUCUUGUCAUGGAAAACAUUUGGUGCUGGUUAUAAUACAGUAGAAUCCAAAUCACCUUCUCCUGUCAAAUUGGGACCAAACUUACCAGAAGCGCCGAAACCAGGUGUUAUCAAACUAACAAAAACUCCGGAGUGGUUAAUUGAUAAUCAAUACUAUCAGCCAAUGGAUAACGUCCCAUUUUUCAUUAAUACAACUCAGCAGUUUCCAAAACCUAAAGUAGAAGUCGAACACAGAGUUAAAGAUUCACCCAAAAUCAACACUAAUCCUUUUCUACCGUUGAUCAAUACAAGAAGAAGGGAUUCUGAACAAGAACACUACUACGAAGAGAUAGGGCAACCGAUCUUACCUUUGACUCCAGUAGAGAAAAACAUAGCUGACGAUGAUAAGAUUUUUAAAAGCACUGCUGAAGAAUUCGCGUCUGUGCCUCGGGAAGAAAUACUUAAAGUACCAAGACGUCCUAAAAGACCGAAAAGGGAAUCGUUGCAGUCUGAAAACUUAUUUGAUCAAGGCAAAGAUGAUACAGUUCCAAUUACAAAAGAACUCUCCAGUAUAACUAAAUCAGUCAUAUCUCUCUCCCGAACGCCUAGCGCGAAACAGUUCGACAAUAAACCUAGUGGAUCUAUAGGGGAAAUCGUUCAGAACUUGGAAAAGAAACCUCCUCAGCCCGAGCCGCGAAGCAAUCCCGAUACUCCGAGCAGAAAGUAUUCAUUGCAAAACCAGAAAGCUCCAAGUGUUGAGACAAACACCGGGUCCUGGCCUCGGGGGCCAAAGCCUUACUGGAAGACGCUCGAGCACAAAAGGCUGUCGCACCCGAUCAGGUCACUAAACGAUCCACUGCCUCCGAGACCGCUACCAAUGCCCCCUCGCAGCGAAGAGACCCCGCCGCCCCCGCCACUUCUCACCAGCGCUUCACUCCAGGACAUAAUGGCAUCGGCUGCAUCACACCGGCGCACCAAAGGUGUGAGCCGCCAGGAUUCCCGAUUGUCUGUAAAGUCCUUGAUUGAAAGCAUAGAGAACGCUGCCAAGGCGGCUAAGCAGUCGCCCGCCACCACUCCUGUUGGAGAAUGGCCACAGCAAACAACAGUGGCUGUCACCACCGCCAACAAUAUGAAGAAUGGUCUAUCGGAGAACCAGCAGACGUCAAAUGGUCUAAACAACGGGAACUAUGCCGCCAAACCACCCGCCUCCAGAUCCGCCAGAGCCUCGCCUAGCAACAACGACGCGGCGCCGGCGCCGGCGGGCGGCGCCAACAUCCCCGACGAGCAGCGCGCGCUCGCAACGCUGCAGCAGAAGGCGAUCGAAUCCUUCGUGCGCCGCAACAGCUACGGCGAUAUAUGUGAAAGAAAGGAUCCAUUGAACGCGUUGCAAGUGAAAAAUGGCGGGUCGAAGAGAAACGCGCUACUCAAGUGGUGCCAACAAAAGACUCAUGGAUACAACAACAUUGAUAUUACAAAUUUCAGUUCAUCAUGGAACGACGGCAUGGCGUUAUGCGCCCUCCUGCACUCGUACCUCGGCGACGCGCGGGUGCCGUACGGCACGCUGUCGCCGCACGACAAACGCACCAACUUCUCUGUCGCCUUCGCCGCCGCAGAGUCCGUGGGGAUACCUACCACUUUGAACAUCCAAGACAUGAUCCAACAGGAACGUCCGGACUGGCAGCAAGUAAUGGCUUACGUGACCAGCAUUUACAAACAUUUCGAAACUUGAACCUCUUUCAGGUUAUAUUUAAUACCAAUCUAAAAUCAAUAUAAUCACUGAAAAGUUAAGCUCGUAAUACGUAUCGCUUUAACGUAGCAGGAUUUUAUUAAAUACGUAGAAAACUUUAUACAUAUUUCAUGUCAUAUUUAUAUUGCUUGGUUGCUUCGCCAGCCAUCCUAAUAAAAUGCAUUUGUAAUUUGAAGUCAGAAUUGUGAUUCCUUGAAACAAAGACUUGAUGAAAAAUAAAUGGAUAAGAAAGUCAUUGAAUGAUACAAAAAAUAAAUGUGAAAGAAAGAGAGGACACUAACUUUGUAGCAUUUUACAAGGUCAGAAAUUAAGCACAGUAACCAAUAGAAGAAAUAUUUUUCAUUCUUUUUCUAAUAUAUUCUUCUUCCAAUUUACUCUAAAUAAACUGUGACUGAACAUUACUAAUUCCGACCCCAGCGGUUCGAAUUAAAGUGCAACAUAAAUAUUAACCACAUUAAACUUAACGUGGGGUCUUUCGAUAUAAAUGUUUAGAAACUAUGUUCAAUUUUAAAAUCUUCAUCUAAAUUUCCAAAUAGGGUAUUUGACAGUAUUAAAAAUAAAGUGCCAAUUGUUAGCAUCUGUGUUUAGAAUGAAUAUUGGCAGGGGUUUAUACUAUUUUUACAAAAGAAAUAUUCAUAAUUUUGCUAAAAUAAAAACCCACGAAAAAGAUAAGUUUUCUUAUCUAUUGUCACGUGACCCAAAACGCUUGGGAUUGGCGGAGCCUAAAAUGACGUCACUCGCAAGUAAACUUCAGGUUAAAGUGACAUUACAUUGUAUCGUUUGACGUUUUGAUAACAGUCGUGUGACGUCACACACUAGUAAGACGCCAUAUUUUCCAG